UGCGUCAAGGAGCCGCAAUUUGCUGCCGCCGCCGCGACGAAGCCGUCUCCUUGCUUCUCGGUUCCCCCCACCACUCCCGGGGCUCUCGGCGGCAUGGCCCGGCGCAAAGCACGCUCUGCUUUACCCGGGCUUUACUUCGGGGUCCUGCUGUGGAGCGGGAGCUUCUUGCCCUUCGCUUCCCCGCAGCAGCAGCAGCCACCGCCCCCACCGUCGCCGCCUCAGCGGGGGAGCGUGUGGUGUCCCAGCCGCUGCCUCUGCUUCCGCACCACCGUGCGCUGCAUGCACCUCAUGCUGGAGAGCGUGCCCGCCGUGUCGCCACAGACCACCAUCCUGGAUUUGCGAUUUAAUAGAAUUAAAGAAAUUCAGCCUGGUGCAUUUAGACGGCUUAAAAAUCUGAACACACUACUUCUAAACAACAACCACAUAAAAAGAAUACCUACGGGAGCAUUUGAAGACCUUGAAAACCUAAAAUAUCUCUAUUUGUACAAGAAUGAAAUCCAGUCAAUUGACAGGCAAGCAUUUAAAGGACUUGCCUCUCUAGAACAACUGUAUCUGCACUUUAAUCAGAUUGAAACCUUGGAGCCAGAAUCAUUUACCCAUCUUCCCAAACUUGAAAGAUUAUUUUUACAUAACAACAGAAUAUCACAUUUAACUCCUGGAACAUUUAGUCAUUUGGAAUCUAUGAAAAGACUGCGUCUGGAUUCAAAUGCACUUCAUUGUGACUGUGAAAUACUUUGGCUGGCAGACUUGUUGAAGACGUAUGCUGAGUCUGGUAAUGCCCAAGCUGCAGCUACUUGUGAAUAUCCAAGGAGGAUCCAGGGAAGAUCAGUAGCCACAAUAACCCCGGAAGAACUUAACUGUGAGAGGCCAAGAAUUACAUCAGAGCCUCAGGAUGUGGAUGUUACCUCAGGGAAUACCGUUUACUUCACUUGCAGAGCGGAAGGCAAUCCCAAACCAGAAAUUAUUUGGCUUCGAAACAAUAAUGAGCUUAGUAUGAAAGCAGAUUCCCGUUUAAAUUUGCUUGACGAUGGCACACUGAUGAUUCAGAACACCCAAGAGACUGACCAAGGCAUUUACCAGUGCAUGGCAAAAAAUGUGGCUGGAGAAGUGAAAACUCAAGAAGUCACUCUACGCUACUUUGGUUCACCAGCUAGGCCAAGUUUUGUGAUUCACCCACAAAACACAGAGGUACUGGUUGGAGAAAGUGUCACUUUGGAAUGUAGUGCAGCUGGUCAUCCUCAACCACGUAUCACAUGGACAAAAGGUGACAGAACUCCUCUACCAAAUGAUCCCCGCAUCACCAUAACUACAUCAGGAGGGCUUUAUAUACAAAAUGUGGUUCAGGAAGAUGGUGGCGAGUAUACAUGUUUUGCAACCAACAGUAUAGAUAACAUCCAUGCAACUGCAUUUAUCAUUGUGCAAGCUGUACCCCAAUUUACAGUGACUCCUCAAGACAGAACAGUGAUUGAAGGGCAAACUGUUGACUUCCCUUGUGAAGCACAGGGCUAUCCACAACCAGUUAUUGCAUGGACUAAAGGAGGAAGCCAACUGUCUGUAGAUAGAAGGCACUUAGUCUUGUCAUCUGGAACCCUGAGGAUUUCCAGAGUUGCUUUGCAUGACCAAGGCCAAUAUGAAUGUCAGGCUGUCAACAUUGUAGGAUCUCAAAGAGUUGCUGUGCAUUUGAGUGUACAACCUAGAGUUACUCCUGUGUUUGCUAAUGUUCCAAAUGAUAUGACGGUAGAAGUUGGCACAAAUGUGCAGAUUCCAUGCAGUUCUCAAGGAGAGCCUGAGCCAGUAAUAACAUGGAAUAAGGAUGGUGUUCAAGUUACAGAAAGUGGAAAAUUUCAUGUUAGCGCUGAGGGAUUUCUUACUAUUCGUGAUGUUGGACCAGCAGAUGAAGGCCGUUACGAAUGUGUUGCCCGGAAUACUAUUGGAUAUUCCUCAGUUAGUAUGGUACUGAGUGUGAACGUUCCUGAUGUCAGUCGGAAUGGAGAUCCAUUCGUAGCAAGCUCAAUUGUUGAAGCUAUUGCUACUGUUGACAGAGCAAUAAACUCAACACGCACACAUUUGUUUGACAGUCGCCCUCGCUCGCCAAAUGACUUGCUAGCAUUAUUUCGAUACCCAAGAGAUCCUUACACUAUUGAGCAAGCAAGAGCAGGAGAGAUAUUUGAGAGAACAUUACAGCUGAUUCAAGACCAUGUGCAAGAUGGCUUAAUGGUUGAUCUAAAUGGAACAAGCUAUCACUAUAAUGAUCUUGUAUCUCCACAGUACUUGAACCUGAUAGCUAACCUGUCAGGCUGCACAGCCCAUAGGCGUGUGAAUAACUGUUCAGAUAUGUGCUACCAUCAGAAAUACAGGACACCUGAUGGAACCUGUAAUAACCUUCAACAUCCAAUGUGGGGAGCUUCUUUGACAGCCUUUGAACGCCUGUUGAAAUCAGUCUAUGAAAAUGGAUUUAAUCUGCCAAGGGGCAUUGGAUCUAAUCGGCGUUACAAUGGAUUCACACUCCCAAUGCCUCGUUUAGUUUCGACUACUUUGAUAGGAACGGAAACAAUAACCCCUGAUGACCAGUUUAGUCACAUGCUAAUGCAGUGGGGUCAAUUCCUAGAUCAUGACCUUGACUCUACAGUUGCUGCUCUAAGUGAAGCCAGGUUUUCUGAUGGUCAACAUUGCAGUUCAGUUUGUACAAAUGAUCCUCCAUGUUUCUCCAUUAUGAUCCCACCCAAUGACCCUCGAGUCAGAAAUGGAGCACGGUGCAUGUUUUUUGUGCGUUCAAGUCCAGUGUGUGGAAGUGGCAUGACAUCACUUCUCAUGAAUUCUGUUUACCCCCGAGAGCAGAUUAAUCAGCUGACUUCCUAUAUUGAUGCAUCCAAUGUGUAUGGUAGUUCACAGCAUGAGGCACAAGAAAUCAGAGACCUAGCCAGUCACAGGGGUCUUCUGAGACAGGGCAUUGUACAGAGGUCUGGAAAGUCUCUUCUUCCAUUUGCUACUGGUCCUCCAACGGAAUGUAUGAGAGAUGAAAAUGAAAGCCCGAUUCCUUGCUUUUUAGCUGGUGAUCACCGUGCCAAUGAACAGCUUGGACUCACCAGCAUGCACACUCUGUGGUUUAGAGAACACAACAGAAUUGCCACAGAAUUACUGAAACUGAACCCACACUGGGAUGGUGAUACAAUAUAUCAUGAAACACGUAAAAUUGUUGGUGCAGAAAUGCAGCACAUAACAUACAGCCACUGGCUGCCUAAGAUUUUGGGAGAGGUGGGCCUGAAAAUGCUUGGCGAAUAUAAAGGCUAUGAUCCCAAUAUCAAUGCUGGCAUAACUAAUGAGUUUGCAACUGCUGCUUUUAGGUUUGGUCACACACUCAUCAAUCCCAUACUGUAUCGGCUGGAUGAAAACUUUGAAACUAUCCCACAAGGCCAUAUACCUCUUCAUAAAGCAUUCUUCUCUCCAUUUAGGAUUGUAAAUGAAGGUGGUAUUGAUCCACUUCUAAGGGGUUUGUUUGGUGUUGCGGGUAAGAUGCGUGUGACAUCACAGCUGCUUAAUACAGAAUUGACAGAGAGGCUCUUCUCCAUGGCACGGACAGUUGCUUUAGAUCUGGCUGCAAUGAAUAUCCAAAGAGCCAGAGAUCAUGGAAUCCCACCUUACCAUGAUUUUAGAGUUUACUGUAACCUUUCUUCUGCACAUACAUUUGAAGAUUUGAAAAAUGAAAUUAAGAAUCCUGAUAUCAGAGAGAAACUUGGCAGAUUAUAUGGUUCACCACUGAACAUAGAUUUGUUUCCUGCUCUUAUGGUAGAAGAUUUAGUUCCUGGUAGCAGACUGGGGCCUACAUUGAUGUGUCUCUUGAGUACGCAGUUUAAACGUCUCCGAGAUGGAGACAGGUUCUGGUAUGAGAACCCUGGCGUUUUUAGUCCACCUCAGUUGACUCAGAUCAAGCAGACAUCCCUUGCCAGAAUCCUAUGUGACAACAGUGACAACAUAACCAAAGUGCAACGUGAUGUUUUUAGAGUAGCUGAGUUCCCACAUGGUUAUGGAAGCUGUGAUGAAAUUCCUAAAGUGGAUCUUAGGAUGUGGCAAGAUUGCUGUGAAGACUGUAGGACAAGAGGACAAUUCAACGCAUUUUCUUAUCAUUUCCGAGGAAGACGUUCUCUGGAUUAUAGUUUUCGUGAAGAUAAGCCUUCAAAGCAUGUGAAAAUGUCAAAAGUACCAAGUUCUGCAAGAGAGAAUGUACUUUUUAAUAACACCGUUUCAUCUUUUGAUGAGCGUAAAAAAGCAGCGGUAAUGAAUGACUUCAAAGAAUUUGUUGGAGAUAUGCAAAAGACUAUCACAGACCUCCGAAGACAGAUAAAGAAACUUGAAUCACGGCUGAGUACAACUGAAUGUACUGAUGAAAAAGGUAAAUCUUAUGCCAGUAAUGAAGCCUGGAAAAAAGACCCAUGCACCACAUGUGAAUGCAGGGUUGGUCAAAUCACCUGUUAUGUAGAAUCGUGUCCACCAAAUGAUUGCGCUGUGCCAGUGAAGCUCAAAGGAGUUUGCUGUCCUGCCUGCUUAAAACAAACACUUAGCAAGAAACCCUAAGUCUGCUUAGCAGUUGUCACAUUAUCGAGUCAUUUGGAUAUCUGCUGAUGGCAAAUACAGGUAACAAUAUGCUUAAAACCACAGCAACAAAUCAAGACAUUACAGGACAGCAUUCAAGUGAUGGUGUAACAGUGUAAGAAAACAUGUAAUUUUAUUUGCUUGCCCACUGAAAAGCCACAAUGACAAAGUAUUGAAAGGGAACACACAAUACACAUCAGGAUAAUUUUGUGUUAAAACUUCUCAGGUUCAACAAACUAAAAACUGGUGCUACUUUUUAAAGAAGCCUUUGUCAAGUGAUAUGAGGCACUGAGACUUUUUUUGUAUUUUUCAUACACUGGUGGAAGAAAGGUAGGUUCCAUUGAAUUGGAUAAAAUGAGGGCCACAACUUUGGUUAAAACAUACAACACAUAUUCACUGGCCCUGUGCAGGGUACAUGGCAGGCUACUCAUCCCUCCCAAAUUGGGACGGAGGUGGUCUAGGAUUCUCCUGAGAGUAACAUUUUACUUGACAACUCAGCAAGCUGGCUUUCUGUAGCAGUACCAUUUCUGACAGUUGGUGAGGCUGGAGAGCAAGCAUUCACAACCAGUUUUUCCUUCUCCUUAACAGUAUUGAAGUCCAUUUGCCCUACAGUUCCUCUGCUUCAUGUAUUAAUAGAAUGCUUAGGAGAUUGUCAGGAAUGUUACACUUAAAAUAUAUCUUAAUUCCCCACUUGGUCCUGUAACAAAACAUGGCACAAUGUAAAAUAAGUCUACAAAUUCAUGAGAGAAAACCCCUCCUCGACCAUAACAGCAAAACAGCUGUAACAAAAGUGUCUGUUUUAGCCAGUUUGCUAUUGGAGUGGGAGAUGGGGGAGAUCCUUUCUUGGCUGUGCAAAUUACUGCCCUUACUACUGCACAUUUUUAACUGUUGAAGUCAUAUACUUUUCUGGACCUUGCCUGUCUCAACUGCAAUUUUUGUACCAUGUUCUGUGAAAGAGCUUUGCUUCUAUUGGGCCAUUCCACAGCACACAAUGUGUCCCUAGUAAAAUAGAAUAACUACCCCAGCAAACUGCCUCUUAUCAGUGUUUAAUUUCUAGAAAAAUAUAUACCAGAACUUCUCCCUAUCUGAAAACACCAUUCCUUGCCUAGUCCAUGUUGUAUGGGAGUCUCUGUAAUUAUUUAGUGGUAAAGUUAUACCCACUUAGAGGCAGUUUCACUUAUUGUUUCAUCUUGUGUUCCAUGCUUGAGGCUUGCUGUAGAAAAUGUUGGUGUGAACUGAUCCCUGGUGAGACACGACAUAAACGACGCCCUGUCUUACAUACAUAGAGUUCCUACUUCCUUCAGCCCUUUCCAUGCUAGGCAUCCAUUAUUCUACAAUCAUUGGGAGAUCAAAUAUGCUCAGAAUUAUGCUACAGUAUGGCUUGUUCCUAUAAGAGACUGAUUAACCCAUCGUUGAAACACUUGAGCAACUGAAAACAUCAAAGCCUAAAUUGGAAGUGUGUAGAUAUUUUCCCACCUGAUGCUAAAAUGCAGGCCCAUGACUUCGUGCUUGUUGUUCACAGAAGAUGUCUUUGCUUUCCACAAUUAAUUAUGGUAACUUACACAGUCACAGGCUAGAGUGGGUGAAAACAAGCAAAAGGUUUCAUUUAACAUUUCUGCCAGACACAGAUGGGUAAGAACAAAUAAAUACAUUAAACAGUUAGACUUGAGUCCAGUAGCUCCUUGGGCACCAAACAAGAGUUUCAGAGUAUGAGCUUUUGAGAGCCAAUGCCCUCUUGGUCAGAAAUUUGAUUUUCAAAAACCCACAUUUCAAAACUCUUUAUUGGUCUCUAAGGGGCUACUGGGCUUGAAUCUAGCUGUUCUACUGCAGACCAGCACGGCUACCCUCUGAAAAUAAAUACCUUAAAUGGUUAUUAAAACAAUGAAAUAUAGUCUGUUGAGGUAUUACUUAAAAUAUUUUCCUUGAUUCAUGAUAAAGAAUAAAAUUUCUCAUAAUGACUUUUGAAAACAUGCCUUUUUUGGCGCUCAGUGUAACCCGAGUGGAUUUAUUUUCCAUAACAGUAACCAUUCAGUCCACUCUCUUUACUGUUAGGGCCUGACCGCAUGGAUCAUUUUUCAGGAAUCAAAAUCACUGUGAUUCACUGUGCCUAGAGAAGCCACCUGUUUUUUUUUCUGGGCAGGACUAUCUGCCUUUCAGUAGAAUCAACAGUUUUCCCUGACAUCAGUAUCAGUGAAUAGAAGAAGUUUCUUCUGUUGCAUCCAUGCCGUUGUUAAAGUAUGCUAUUCUUGCUUCUUUUGGUGUGGUACUGCAUUCAUUUUGUCCAUGAUAUAGUGUACGGUAAGCCAAUGAAUAUGGUAGUCUGUAGUGUUAUCUUGAAAAUGUGAAAGUUAAAACAACUUUCUGAUGUCCUGGUAAAAAAGAUGCUGCUUAAAUGCAGGGCCCUUGGAAAUGAAUUGGGGCAGAAGUUGGAAUUUUGCUGAAAUAAGGCCUUGGGAUAGCAACAAAUGGCAUCUACUGAUUAAUUAUAAAGUCUUGUUGCUAUAGACAUGUUCCUGGCUAUACUGUGGCAUGAUUUGUGAAAUAUCUGUCGGACUGAAACCUUCCCACACAGGGAUUAGUUGUUCCUUUACGUUUUUAAAAAGUUUUGUUUUUGUGAUUUUAAUUUUUUUUUUACUUAGUAUGUGUUUUUUCCCCUUCGUCUUUGUGUCCAGAUCAUGUUAACAGUUUCUCUGUUGUGAAUCUGUGUGCCCUGUUAAGAUUUUUUAAGCACUGUUGAAUGUAUGUCUAUGUUAACUUGUUUGUUUACUUUUGUAUCUCCAAUAUUGCCUUCUUAUAACCAAGAUGUAUUACUAAAUUCAGUGAAGGAAAACUCUCAUACCUCAUUUGACAGACAUGCUUCGUUUCCUUGAUGGUGCUUAUUCAUACAAGAAGCCUUAAUCACAUAAUUCAGGAGUUUUUCCUGAUAUCCCUAAGCAUUUUAGUUAGGUAAAGCUACAGCUGAAGUUACUAACCCAUGAGUAUAGUCAUUUAGGAUUUAAGAAUUAGUACCGUCUGUACAAAGGCCAACUUGUGUACUUUUUCAAAAGAUGUACUUAAUUUGUAUGACAAACCAAGUGUGCAAUUCAUUUCCACUAACAGUAUUUGGCACAUAAAAUUGCUGGCCUUGGUCAGUUUUUCAUUUGACAAAUACCUUACAGAAGCCAAAGAACAGAUGGGGUGGGGCAGUAAAAGCAUCUGUCAGUGGCUGUGUUGAGCCAGACUGUGUCAAGAGUACAUGUGAAAUGGAAGCAACUAUUGUUUAAGGUGAUUUUAUAAAGCACCCUUGGGACAGAACAAAUAUGUUAAGUAUUAUACAUGGAUCCUACAUUAUUGUAGGACUUUUUCUCUCUCUGUCUGUUCACCAAUAUAUUUCUAUUUUGAUGAGACUCCAAAUCAUGCCUUAAUUUUUGAGGUCAUAACCUCAUGUGCCUACAAAUUUAGAAUACUUUCAAAAUAAGGGCAGAUAUCUUAAUUGAACCACAGUGCUAGCUGUAGAAAGCCAACUGAUUUUUAAGUGAUUGAUCACCCUUUAAUUGCAAUGCUGUAUUGUAAAGAAAUCUGCUCAGGUAUUUCAGUCAUUUUAUGAUAUCUUUGCCAUGUAUACAUUAGCAGUGGAAACGUACCUCUGGUUUCCCUCUUUUGAAAUAAAACAGGUGUCUAAUUCAUUCAGGUAGUAUGUAAAAUGAUAUACACUUCAACAUUAACUUCUAUUUAAAUAUCUGAUUGUAAAUCGGACUUAGGAAAUGGAUCUUAUUCCAAAAUACAAAAGGAAACCAAGCAUUGUACAAUGUGUUUGCCAUUUUCUGCUGAUUCAAAGCUCAUUUAAUUAGACAAUGGCCAAUAGCUAAAUGACCAUUUCCUCAAUAUUUGUUCAGUCACAAUUGUUCCAUAUUUAUUUACUUAAAAACAAAAAAACUCCUACCAAAAGUGAAACCUUGGUUAUUUUGUAUUGUAAUAAGUAAAUCUGCCAAAGAGUUGUUUGCACUGUUAUGAAUGCUUAUCAUUUACAAUA